GCCCCUUUUAUUGUUAUAAUUAUUAUCCCGAUUCCCAGAGGGAAUUUCCCACACUCUCCUCUCACGGUCUGCAUGGCCGCUCCUCCCACGACAACUCAACGCAGCCAUGCGACUCUUCCCUGUUGUCCUUGGUGCCUGUCACCUCCUCGCAGCAUCCGCCCAAGAUGUUACAUGCUAUAAACCCGACGGAACGAGCCGAACAUUCAACGGGACCGAGCUGUGCAACAGCGUCGACGGAUCGGUGAGCAUGUGCUGCGGAUGGAACGACCAAUGUCUCCAGAACGGCCUCUGCAAGAGUAAACUAGACAACAAAUCGUACUGGCGCGAUAUGUGCUCUAUAUCCUCGUGGCCGGAGGUAGGCUGUUUGAAGGCUUGUACGGACGAAGGGCAGAUUGACGAAGUCGGGAACGCGCAGAUGACGCCCUGCGAUGGGACGGAUUACUCGGAGAAAUGGUGCUGCGGCGACAAUACAGACUGCUGUGGAACGGGUGAUGAGAUUAUUGUUCCUACCAACAUCUACGUGUCCUCGACGGCAACCUCGACAUCAGCGAGUGAAUCGCCUACAUCCACAUCGACCACUACGGGCACUGGCGCAAUUGCCAGCCCGUCUCCGGAGGAAUCGCCAGAGUCGGGGUUAUCGACUGGAGCGAAAGCGGGUAUAGGGGUGGGUGUUGGGGCGGGUGUGGUUAUUGUGCUUGGUGUCGUUGCAUUCCUCGUUAUUCGACGGCGGCGGAGGAAGGGGAUGGUUGCGUCAGGGACCACAUUAGACAGUUCAGCACAACCGGGCGUGGUUCCCCAAGUUCCUCAGGAGCUUAGCCAGACUCCAGUAUAUGAAAAGCCCGCAGAUAAACAGGAUACAAGGUACGAACUCCCAGCGCAGCCAUCCACCGCAGAUCGAUAGCAUUCGUGGCAAGGGGAUGACUAGGAGCAAGGCCUUGCGGUCACUGUAUUAUAAUGCCUCACGUAUUAAUGUUGAUACAAAUAAUACCCUACCAUUGUG